AUGAUAAUGGAUAAAACUCGACAUUAUCAGCGAAUAGCGAACGACACAGUACAAAAUAAAAUGUCUGGUGAAAGUGAUUUCGGGCCACGUAAAACAUUAAUUGUUUUAACAGUUGUUGCUGGUUGUUUUGCUAUAUUAUGGCCAAAAAUAUUUUAUCCGAUGCUUAUUGGACCUGGUAAUACUCCUCAUUCACCUAUUGAUGGAUCUGUAUGCUGUGAUUUAAUAUUUGAAACGGAUGUCAACGCAGUGGAUAUUUUACAAGAAAUGUGUAAAAAUAUAUUGAAUCACCAUCAAGUUGAUCCACGAGUACGAGAUAUUGUAAAUAUAAAUAAAUUAUCUCCCCAAAGUAUUAAUUUCUGUCGUGAACAAGUAUUAUCACGUUGUGGUAUUGACUUGUCAUCAUUUUUGGCUGAAGAAGAAAAAUUAGGAAAAACAUAUAAACAAGUACUUGAAGAAAUUCGGUCAUUUAAUAGUUCAUUAUGUCUUAAAAUUAAUUUUGGAGUAUCUUUAUCACGAUUAGGAACUCCGCAUCUUAUAAGAUAUCAUAUUUUAAUGCCACACACUCCAAUUAAACAAGAGCGUCGUUUACCUCCCCAUGCGGGAGGUUUGCAUCCAGCAAUGAGAGAACGUGGUAGAGCAAUACCUUCUUCGCAUAUUGUACCAAGAGUAGAAGGAAGACCUGAACAAGUAUUUUCACAUAAAAUGAGACCACCAAUGGGUGGUCCAGGCCGUGUAAUCACACCUCAGGGCGGAAGUGGUAGCAGUAUGGGAAUCAUUAUGCCACUGUAUACUGUUGGAAUUCUUUUAUUUUUUCUCUAUACAAUCACCAAGGUAUUAAGAAAAAAUCCGAAUAAUGACAUUUAUCGUGAAUAUUCAAAUCCCGAAGCUGAAAAAGAAUUUCGUGAUCGAGUUUUUAAUCCAGAAAUAUUGACAAGUGCCAUAACUGGAGUGCCGCAUUAUCGUAAAGAAAAAUCCCCAGAAUUAAUUAAACGAACUCCAACUAUUGAUGAGCUGAAACAACAAGCUGCAGGAGACAUAGAGGUAGAUCAAUUAAUUCAACGAUUGGCCGACACGGAAGCCGCUAUGGAGAGAAUUGUUGUACAAAUGGGUAACCUAUCUCGUACAGUUGCACAGAAUCCGACUUCACAGCAAGAUACACAGGUUUAUCAGACACAUUUCGAAAAUCAUUUUGAGCGUGAGAAAUCACCACCGAAGCCAAUUUAUCUUGAAGGUGCGCUUCCAUCGCAAUGCGAACUCCUAGUUACGGAUUCAAAAACUCAAGCUGAAAAUUUUGAGGAAAACAACGAAGUUCCAGUUGUCUUAUCAGGAAAAAUGACGCUGUCUCUCAUCAGUCUCGACCAAAUUCCACCUGUAAGAAAGUAUUAG